AUGUGUAGCCACCCGGAUAAUCAGAAGGUGCUGGACAGUGAUCUCAGAUUUUACUACCAAAACCUAUUCCCCCUUCCUGAAAUCUACAAGUGGCUUACCUAUCGCAAUGAUCCUAAUCAACCAACUUCCGACAGCAAUGAUCCACAAUUUUGUCUACGGCGUGAAAUGAGUUUUGUAUAUAAGAGACAGGACCACUCUGACGAUUCUGAUAUAUUUACCAGGUGGAUUCCUCUAGGUACUGUUGACAAUUUUAGGAAGUUGCUAUAUCAAGACAAGCUGGUUCCACACAAAUUUGACAUAGGCGCAGUGUAUAACUUGGCAAUUUCCCAAAUGUCUAUUAACAAUAAAAAAUUUACCCAGGAGCAGAGGGAGCUUGUGUUUGAUAUUGAUAUUAAUGACUACGACGAUAUACGAACUUGUUGCAAAGAAAAAAAUAUUUGUGAUAAAUGUUGGAGAUAUAUGUCAAUUGGCGUUAGGUUUCUAUAUGAAACUUUGACUGUGGAUUUCUCGUUUAACAACCUUUUAUUUGUAUUUUCAGGCCGUAGAGGAAUUCACUGUUGGGUUUGCGAUACCGGUGCCCGUAGACUGCCUCAAGAAGCCAGGCUUGCAAUUGUAGAAUAUCUCACUUUAGUAACGGGUGCCGAAGUGAUUAAGAAGAGGGUUAAUCUAUAUACGAAAGAUUCCCAUCCAUUAGUAGCCCGUGCCUUCCACUAUUGUUAUAUGGAAUUUCACAGUCUUUUAAUCGAACAAAAUUAUUUUAUUGACAAACAUCAUCACUCAGUUCUUCUAGAAUAUAUACCAGAUGUACAAAAAUUUGCCGAAUUGCGUGCUUCAAUAUCCCGCCCAUUUAACUCAUCCGUUGAGCUAUUUAAUGUAAUGUGUAACCAAUUGGGCAUACCAAAUCCUAUAGAAUAUAGAGAAAAUAUUAAUAAGUCACAUCUUAAAGUACAUUCAAUUCCUGGAUUUUUUAAGGAGAUAAUCAUACACUAUUCAUUCAUACGCUUAGAUUGCAACGUAACUAAGGAUAUGGGACAUUUGUUGAAAAGCCCAUUUUGCAUACAUAUAGGCACUGGCAAAGUCUGUGUACCGAUAGAUAUAUCGGCUAUAGAAAAGUUCAACCCCCAGUCUGUACCCACAAUAUUUGAACUCAGGAAGGAAUUCGACGAACAAAGCAACAAGAAUGGCCAAUCAUCGCUGUCAAAGUACAUAAUAUAUUUUCGCGAGAGAUUCCUUGGCACAAUUUAUAAGUGA